AUGCCUUCCGAAGAGCCUUUUGUUCCGUCGGACAAGACACAUGACUACCAUUUGGUUUCGUCGUUCGUUAUCAAGCCGACAGCUCCGCUGCUCAACCAGGACCUCUUGUCUUUGUACUCCUUGACGGACUUGGCAGAUUCUGUUGCUCGAUUCAAUGCCGAUGGAUCAAAGGGAGUCAAGUUGAGGAAGUCGUAUAAGGGACAUGUGAUGGAUCUCCCGGGGAAACACCAGAUCCCCAAGGAGCGCAACUUAUCUGGGAUUAUUUUCCAACCAACCAAGGUGGAACAAGGCAUGCCACCGGUUGUGAUUAAGAAGUUCAGUGCUGAAGAAGGACAAAAGACCUUGCUAAGGGCGCUACAGUUCCAGAAAACAAACGCUCAUGAGGGUAUUCCGGGCUUCGAUGUGGCUGAAUUGGCGAUGGACGAUAGCAUGCUGAAUGGAGUUGGUGUCGCGGGCAUGGAUAGCGACUUGAAGAAGAGAAAGAAGCUUGGAGGGUACCCUGAAGAGAGUAAGAGAGUGCAUGUUUGA